AUGUCCGUUCCAGAAACAAAAGAGCUCAAGGUCGAGCUGCCAGAGUAUACAUUGAAAGAUGUGGCAGCACAUAACACCAAGGGUGAUACCUGGAUGGUGAUCCACGGACAAGUCUUUGACCUCACAAAAUAUCUGCAUGAUCACCCAGGUGGUCCAGAGGUUCUCCUCGAGGUAGCCGGUACUGAUGCCACAGCAGACUAUGAGGAUGUUGGGCAUUCUGAAGACGCCCGCGAGAUCAUGCAGCCCUUCCUGGUGGGCACUUUGAAGGAUGCUCAUCAGUACGUCCAGCCUAAGACAGUGCGUGUGGUCUCCCAAAAAGCACCUGAAGUGGCCAAUUCCUCAUCGUCGACCAUCAAAACGAUCGCUUUCACUUUGGGUGGACUGGCCCCAGUCUUUUACCUCAUCAGCCAAAGAAACAAUCUCACAAAGAGCCUGGGAGCCAUCUCCCACUUGAUCCCUCACCCACUGAAGAACCUACGACUACCUCACGGGGGCUUCAUCAACGGCUUCUUGGCCGCUUCUGCUAUCUCCACAGUCCUGGGUGUAAUGGUAGCGCGACAGGCCAGCAGAUUCACCAAGAUCGACUCCGGGUUCAUGCGGUUCCCACCUCAUAAGAAGUCAAAGAAGGUGCUUCGUGUCGAUCCGCACCUGGCACGCGGCUUCCUCGACCCGCAACAUUAUCAACGCCUGCAUCUCGUUGAAAAGACCGAACUAGCAACGAAUGUCUACCGUUUCGUCUUUGCCCUGCCAACCGCCACAGGUAUUUUGGGUCUACCCAUUGGCCAACACGUCUCCAUCAGAGCCGUUGUCGACGGAGCGAGUAUUACUCGCUCAUACACCCCUACCUCUAACAACCUCGACCGGGGCCGCAUUGAACUCGUGAUCAAAUGCUAUCCCGACGGUUUAUUGAGCGGGAAGUAUCUGGCCGGCUUGACUGUCGGCGAAGAAGUCGAAUUCCGCGGGCCCAAGGGCUCUAUGCGUUAUACGCAAGGUCUUUGUCGCAAGAUCGGCAUGGUGGCCGGCGGCACAGGCAUCACACCCAUGUUCCAGCUUAUCCGGGCGAUUUGCGAGAAUGACACCGACACGACGGAGGUUAGUCUGGUUUAUGCGAACCGCAGCGAGUCUGACAUUCUCUUGCGCGAAGAGCUUGAACGCUUCGCGCGCCAAUACCCGAAGAACUUCAAGCUGUGGUAUAUGCUAGACUCUGCGCCCGAGGGCUGGACCUAUGGAUCGGGAUACGUGGACCAGGCAGUUCUGGCAAAGCAGCUCCCUGCGCCUUCGCCGGACACUAAGGUGAUGCUAUGUGGGCCGCCCGGAAUGGUCAAUGCCACUAAGAAGAAUUUGGUUGCGUUGGGCUUUACAAAGCCAGGGGUGGUGGGGAAGAUGACCGAUCAAAUAUUUUGUUUCUAG